AUGACUAUCACAUCCGUGCAAGCGGUUCUCCCUGGCCGCUUCGCGAUCAACUCGACUGAGAAGAGUACCGCGAAACCACCUCCGAAGGUCUAUAAUGCUCAAGAGCCUCCUUUCAAAGGCUACCACGCCCCACAGCCAGAUGGCUAUCAGCGGAGCAGGUCAAAGCCCGACACAAGCGCUAUCGUGAUUGACAAUGGCUCAAAUUUGGUCAAAGCCGGGUGGUCAUUCGACAAGAACCCCCGAUUCAUCCUCCCCCCGGUGAUGAGCCGGUACCGCGACCGGAAACUCAAUAAAGCGUGUCAGUUUAUCGGAUAUGAUGCCUACGUCGAUGCCACUACGCGCGGCCAGCUGCGCUAUGCGUUUGACCCUGGUAGCAGCGUUGUCGGUAACUGGGAUGUGAUGGAAGGGGUGCUAGACUAUCUAUUCCUUAAGUUGGGGGUCGACGGAGCCAAUGGUGGCGUCGACAGACCUAUAGUCAUGACCGAACCGAUUGCGAAUCUCAACUACCCCAGAAAGAUGAUGAACGAAAUCCUAUUCGAGUGCUACUCUGCGCCUUCAGUCGCUUAUGGAAUCGACUCCCUGUUUUCCUACCGAUACAAUCGUGGAACCGACGGCUUAAUUAUCUCCUCGUCCCAUACAUCAACGCAUGUCAUACCUGUACUAAAUAAUAAGGCCCUACUUUCGAACUGUUCGCGGCUCAACUGGGGUGGAAUGCAUGCGUCGGAGUACCUACUGAAACUGAUGAGACUGAAGUACCCGACCUUCCCCGCCAGAAUGACCGAAAGCCAGAUGGAAGAUCUGGUCCAUAAGCAUUGCUACGUGUCGAAGGACUACGAUCAGGAACUGAGCAAAUACUUGGAUUGGACGGGCCUUGAAGAUAGGGAUCUUGUUGUUCAAUAUCCAUUUACGGAGCAUGUUGUGCCAGAGAAAUCUGAGGAAGAACUGGCCCGGAUAGCAGAGCGCAAGAAAGAGAGCGGACGUCGACUGCAGGAGCAGGCAGCCAAGAUGCGGCUGGAAAAGCUCAUGAAGAAAGAGCAGGAGCUCGAAUAUUACAAGGAUCUCCAAAACGGUCUACAAACAGAGACAAAGAAGGAGGCGAGGCGCAUCUUGGAGGCUGAGGACCUGAAAGACGAAGCACACCUCGAACGGAUUAUCCGCGAUUUAGAACGGUCUAUCAAGCGAUCUAGGAAUAGGGACCUCGGGGUUGAAGAGAGCGAAGAGCCCGCCGAGGAAAUGUCGUUCCCAUUAUUGGAUGUACCGGACGAGGAACUGGACGAGGCCGGUCUGAAGGAGAAGCGCCAUCAGCGACUUAUGAAAUCCAAUGUCGAGGCCCGACAGCGCGCGAAGGCAGAGAAGGAACGGGAGAAGGCCCGCCGGGAAGAAGAAGAACGCCUUGACCGGGAAAAGCGCGAGAACGACUUUGAGGGCUGGCUCUCUGAGCGCAGGACUAACCGACAGAACAUCUUGCAAAGAAUCAAAGAACGUGACAGGUUAAAGGCAGACCUCGGUAACCGCAAAUCGUUAGCUAGUCAGAUGCGCAUGAAGACCCUUGCCAACCUCGCUGCGGAUGGCCCCAAGAAGCGAAGACGCGGUGGCGAUGACGACGACUUCGGUGCGAACGACGAAGACUGGGGUGUCUACCGUACCGUGGCCGGGGAGCAGAGUGACGAAGAAGAGGAAGAGGACCUCGGCGGAAUGCUCGAUGUCGUCGAAAAGGAGCUUCUCGAACACGACCCUGAAUUCACAGAGAACCACACUCUUGCUGCACAGUCAGACUGGACCAAGAGCCUUGUCCAUGUAUUCCUGCGGGGGCCUUGGCCAUUCGACCCGGAAAGUCAGCGGGAAGCUCAUCAGUUGCACCUGAAUGUCGAGCGGAUCCGAGUGCCCGAGGUUGUGUUCAAGCCGUCCAUCGCAGGUGUUGACCAGGCCGGCUUGGUCGAGAUUGCCGCGGACAUCGUCAACCAACGAUUCAUAAACCCGGAGGACCAGUCUCGGUUGCUGCGCGAUGUAUUCAUGACCGGUGGUAAUACACUCUUCCAAAACUUCGACGAGCGCUUCCGCAACGAAUUCCGGGCGUUCCUGCCUCUUGACGCCGAGCUCAACGUGCGUCGUGCCAAAGAUCCCGUUCUCGAUGCCUGGAAAGGAGCUGCGCAGUGGGCUUCUGGUGCCGACCUGGCGAAGUCAUCUAUUACGCGACAGGAGUACCUCGAGAAGGGCAGCGAAUACCUCAAGGAACAUGAUCUGGGGAACGUCACCACGUGGUAA